GAGACGGUUGCUCAGGCAACUGUUGUCAAACGGAAAAAGAUGGCGAAGAUCAGCCGGGUUUCUCCCGCUUGCGGCUGACCGACGGAGUGAGCGAAGAGUUUUAACAACCCGGAAACAGGCCCUUCGGCCCACCUCGUCCAUGCCUAACCACGGUGCUUAUCUGAGACAACCCCUUCCCCCUUCCGCCUGCAUUUGGUCCAUAAAUCUCUAAAUCUUGGAGGCACAAGACCAACAAGCAGUCUGCUGGAGGCACUCAGAGGGCCCAGCAACAUCUGUGGAGGAUAAGUUCUUCAGUUUGAUCGGGUUCCUGAAAUAAUAUCUCUGAAAUGAAUGAAGAAGAGGCUGUAGGGGAGAACAAAUCUCCUUCUUCUGAAAAUAUUAACCCCUUGCCUUCGGACGCAGAUCUUCAAAAUCCAGAUGAAGAAGUAACAAAGGAUGCUUGUAAACUAUACAAAAAUGACACUGACAAGAUUACUUCUUCAGAGCCAUUUAUGUACAGACAACGACCAACAUCAGAAAAAGCACAGGAUAUAUCUUACAUAUUGGCGAGUAUCUUCAAAGAGGUUUAUACUGGAGAUGUGAUUGGAAAAGAUAUAAUGAAGAAUCUUAUGAAAUCAAAAGGUGGAGACAAUGCUUACCAUGAGCAAUUUGUGCAACAGCUCCAAGAGAUUAACGAAGAGUACGAGAGGCGAAUCACAGAGGCUGACACUGUUGAGAAGCACAUCAUCCAGGCCCGAGCACGAGCUGCAGCUGCAGAGGAGAAGGCUCUGAAUAGAAUAAAGGAAGAGAGUGAAAUCAGUCUUACAUCAGUGGGAUUGCCUCCAGAGAAGUCCAGGUUUAUGUGUUGUGUGGACAGUGAACUACUCAAGAAGCACAAUUUAAUCGUUCCUGAGGAUUAUACCACAGAGAGGCCAGUGAUCAGAAAAGCAGCGGUACCUGCAGGAAAGUCCACAGUCCAUUAUUCAGAACUAACAUUCAGCUUCAAACAGCAGACUUCUCAAAGCCCAGUGGAUGACGGUUACUCAGAUAUAUGCCCACCUAAGAAACUAUGGACAUUGCAGGGAGACAUCUCAUCCUUAACUUUAUCACCAUCUCCUGCUGAAUCUACAAGUUUGAAAAAAUCCAGCCUUCAGGAAGAAAAAUUCAAGAAGAGAAUUUGGAGAGAUGAGCCGCCUAUGGCCGAUCGGAUCCAGGCACGAGAAGAUAUGAUGAGGUUGGAGAGAUGUCACAACUUCCUGAAGAACCCACGCUAUUUGCCCCCUCAUCAGGGAGGCAAAUCCCUCAUCAUUCCUAAGAAGAAAGUGGAGAAGAUGGUUGGUGAUAGAAAGAUAUUUGUCGAGAAAAGUGACCCUGCUGAACUUAUUCCGAUUUUUCUGGCAAAUCCACCGGUUAUUCUGUUCACGGAUUAUAAAGUGGGUCAAGUGUAUGAGACAAAUGUUGAGCUGCGGAAUAUGACAUCCAGUAGCCGUCACCUCCGAAUCAUCCCGCCAAGCACCUCAUUCUUUUCUAUUGGACUGGGUAGGUUCCCAGGAGAAGGUGGGAUUGUUGCUCCAGGCAUGAGCUGCCAAUACACAGUUCGAUUUGCUCCUGACUCCCCGGCUGAAUAUGAAGACUUUCUUUUGGUGGAGACACAGACGCCAUAUCCACUUGUGAUUCCUAUUGAAGCCCGAAGACCACCUCCUAUACUAACAUUACCUGGUACUUUAGACUGUGGAUACUGCUUGGUGGGAGGAGUGAAGUUCACAGAAUUCCAGUGCAAAAAUGAAGGGUACAGCUCUGGCUAUUUCUGUAUAAUGCCCAAGAGAAUGUGGCCAACAACAAACUUCAGGAGUGUGGCAGUAGCUGGUUUCCUGGACAUCGCUCCUUUUGCAAUCAGACCAGCUGUGUUUGAGCUGCAGCCAGGACAGGCUCUGAUGCUGGAGAUUGCUUUCCUUCCAACUACUGCAGAAACUUUCUUCCAAACUGUUACCAUGGUUUGUGACAACUGCCAAGUGAAAGACUUUUUACUAACAGGCACCGGUCAGCAAGUUGCUUUACAUUUCAUCUCUAUCAGUGGUGGGGAAAGCAUGCCUGCCCUGGGAGAAUGCAGAGACAUAACAGCAGAGCAUUUUGUUUGCUUUGAAGCAACAAACCCACACGUUUAUUCUCAGAAGGUGCUCACCCUCCGCAAUGCUACUCAUGUGAAUCUUCCCUUUUGUUGGCAAAUACUUAAACCAAAUCUGAUGUGUGCUAUUUCUGGAGAGUCAAUUGAUCACAGUAACAUGGAAUACAAUCCAGACCUAAAAUCGGCUUUUCACAUCUGCCCGGAGGAUGGGGACUUGGAGCCCCACCACGACCAUGAGUUCAUCAUCACUUACUUCCCACAAGAGCUGAAAGAAUAUCACAGUGUGUUUUACCUUGUCCUGUGUGACAUUCCUGAAUCCGCAAAUGGCAAUGAAUGUAACGCUGGUGCUAGGAAAAAUAAUUUGGAAAGAUCUCUAAAAGCCAUUUCGGCAUCUGUCAGUAAUAUUAUUGCCAUGGAGAUAGAGGUUAAAGGUUACACUGACCCAUUCCAAGUCCUGCUGAAACCUUAUGCCAUUCUAAUCCCGGGUGAGAACUACAUGAACAUGACUUUGAAAAGGUAUUUUCAGAUGUGGAACAACAGCAAAUCAGCCAUCUGCUUUGAGUGGGAGAGUGUGCAUGAUACUCACAUCUUGGAGGUGAUACCACCUUGUGGCACAGUAGAGGCUGAUAGCUACUGUGAGCUGGAGCUGUUACUUACUGGGGGCAAGCCUGAGAAAAUGGCCUACCAUCUUCAGUGUCACAUCAGGUGCCAUGAAGAGCCAGUCACCCUUUACGUGGAAGCAACCUUUGUGGGCCCACGGGUUUGUAUCGACCUUCCAUCUCUGGAUUUCUGCCUGGUACAGUUUGGAAGCAGAGCCACUCGCAGCCUGUACAUCAAGAACACAUGCCAGUUGCCAGCAUCCUGGUGUUUGCAAGAGAGUGCUGCUUGCCUGAGCGAACGAGGUGAAGAGGCCUCACAAUUUACCUUUCAACCAUCCAGUGGAGAACUGCCCCCACUGUCUGACUACAACGUGAAUAUCCUGUUUACACCCACCAAGUGUCAAAGCCUGAAGACUGUUCUUGAACUGAGAGUGGAAAAUGGGAAUACAAGUUACAUUGCAGUGCAGGCUGAGGUCCAGGAGGUGCAGGUCUGCCUGCUGAGUAGUACCAUCGUUUUUGAUGAGAUCUACAUUGGUGUUCCAGCACGAAAGAUGGCAAAACUGUUUAACCAAACGAUGCUGCCUGCAAAAUGCUCCUGGGGAGAGGUGCACAAAAACUAUGCACAUCAAUGUAGAGUCAAAAUCAGCCCAGCAUGCAUCACCUUGGGACCAAAUGAAGAGGCAGCGGUAUACGUAGAAUUAACAGUACUCAGCGCAGAUGAACUAAAUGGAGCUACAGUCUUGUGCACAGUGGAGGAAAUGAAGGAACCACUUUUGCUGGAAUUAUAUGCUAAACCAAAAGGUUUGAAUAUAACUUACAGCAUGCCUACUGAUGAUCGUGAGGAGAGUGACUUGCUGGUUCUGGACUUCAGUGAAAUGAUGGUGCACAACACUAUGAAGAGAAAGCUACUAAUUACCAACAACACUGCCAUUGCAGGACCGUUCAGCCUGGAGGUGGAGUACUUCAGCAGCUGCUCACCCUUUCCUCCUCCCAUCAGCAGGUCACCCCGUGGAUCUCCGUCCAGUCACUCAAGAACACCUCUCCUGAAGAGAACAGUGAGCCUUACAGAAGGUCCAAGCAAGUCACAGGACCAGCUGCAGCGUGAAUUUGCAGAUGCAGUUCUGUGCCACAGGAAAGGUGCAGCAUUCGUCCUGCAGCCCUCAACAGGAAUCCUGGAACCGUACCAGCAGCAGGUCAUCGAAAUUACCGCCUACGCCAACAUGUGGGGAGAUUACAAUGACUGGCUCAUUUGUAGAGUUGCAGAGCUUGACCCUACAAAGAUUCCCAUACAGUUGUCCGUUAAAGGCGUUCCAAUUUACUUCAAGGUUUUAGGCCCACAGAAGGAUAACCAGAAGCAAGGCCCCAUGGUCAGGUUUGGAACCCACAUUUCUGGAGGUGACACAGUGUCCCGUUCCCUGCGGCUUAUCAAUGCAGGUCCCUGCGACAUCAGGCUAGACUGGGAGACGUACAACGUAGAGUCGAUGGACUUGCAGCUGGUGGACUUGUUGAUAACAUACGGACAGGAAUUCCCACUGAAGGAUGAGAGUGGAAAUGAGAUCGUCAGCACCAGUGCCCUGACCAGCGAGAGUGCUCCCUCCAGGAACUGGGAUUUAAUACCCAACAGUGCAGAAAGCAGCUCCUUGGGCCUCCAGACACAAUAUGACAAGGAAGAGGAGGAGGAGCCUGUGGAUGAAGAAAAUGCAAUGCGAACUGAUGAUCUCAUUUCUGUGGUGCUGCGAGUUCAUGAGGGCCUUGCAGCAGAUUAUCCAUAUUAUGUGACUCCCAGGCAGAUGGUGGUCCCUGCUUGUGGCUGUGCCACCAUCAACGUCUCCUUUACUCCACUUGCUCUGAACGGAAAAGCAAGAAACGUAGAGUGCAAGGGCUUUGCGUUUGGGUAUCUUAGUCUGGAUGACAAGGUGGCAUUUGGCGUACCUGGGAAGGUAAAACGAGACCAAGGAUAUGGGACAGAGCCUUUACGGAUAGACUUUGCUGCAACUGUUAAAGAUGCUAUGCUAACAGUGGAGAUUGAUGACGAUGAUGACGAUAACCUUAUGUUUUAUGCGGCAGCAAGUGAUUUGAUUCCUGAUGGUCUGAAUGGAAAGAUACAGCGAGAAGUCCUGAGGACACGCGGCUUGAAGCUGACAAACCCCAUGGAGACCCCUCUGUGCUUCCACUUUUUGUUGCAAAGACCCUUCUGUGUCUUGGACGUGGACCCCAAAAAUACCCUAAAAUCUUCAAGCAGUGACCGGGAGGAGAACACAAAGCUUCUGGUGUUACACCCACGGCAGCACAUGCAUGUGGUCUAAAGCCAUGUCAAGAGCCAUUGAGAUUGCAUCUGCCGUUGACCUAUUGUGGCAAUAGGCAAAUUGCAAUGGGUCCAGGUCCUUGCUGAGGCAGGAGUUCAGUCUAGUCAUGACCAACCUCUCAAAGCAUUUCAUCACUGUCGAUGUGAGUGUUACCGGGCGAUAGUCAUUAAGGCAGCCCAAGUUAUUCUUCUUGGGCAUUGUUCUUCUGAUGGCUUGUUUUGUCAUCCACUAUUGGCAACUGAAGAAGAAAAGUCUUCAUCAUGUGACCUAGCAGAAGUGCUCUACACCAUAUUGGUGGACCAGUUGCCGGUAACAAAUUCUGAAAUAUGAAGAGAAACAAGGAAUGACCCGGCAUUGUCAAAAUCACCACGCAAGGAUGGCUAGCUCACAUCUAAAGAUCUCAGUGAGAUGAGACCAACUGUUGGUAUGUCAAAGAACGUUGACGUGUGGAUCUCGUGUUGUGGUUCCCUCUAUACUGUGCACCAGAGUAUUAGAGAAUCUGCAAGAACACCUGGGUACAGUCAAGAUGAAGCAUCUGGCCUGGAGCUAUGUGUGGUGGCCAGGACUGGAUAGAACAGAUCGAAGACUUAACCAAAAGCUGUUCAGGAUGCAAAAAAGUUCAAAAUGCACCCCCACAGACACUGUUACACCCAUGGGAAUGGCCAUCGUCACCAUGACAAAGAGUACAUAUUGACUUUGCUGGGCCAUUCACGGAUGCCAUGUUCCUGAUUGCUGUGGGUACUCAUUCAAAGUGGCUGGAGGCUAUACCAAUGAAGUCAACUACCUCAGCAGACUGUCUCUGGUCUGAGGACUGUCUUUACCAGAAAUGGCUUACCAGAACAAAUUGAGUGACAAUGAGCCACAAUACACGUCAGAAGAAUUCUGACUGCUCAUGAAGGAAAAUGGCAUCAGACAUUUCAAGUCAUCUCACCACCCAGCAAUGAAAGGGUUAGCUGAAAGGUUUAGCCAAACCUUCUAGAAGUCCAUUAAAGCAAUGGACAAGGAGGACAUUUCUCUCAGCACAAUGUGGACAACUUCCUUUUUGUGUAUUAGAACUCUUUUUGUGUGAAGACAAAUCAAAAACCUGCAAUUCUGUUCAUGAACAGGAACCUGAGAUCUCACCUGGACCUCCUGAAACCAGAUCUAUGGAGGGAAGUGCAAAAUAAACAGUUCAGCCAGUUGCCAAGUGAAGCAACAAGGAGCUUCAAGAUUUGACAGGAAGUCCUAGCACGCAAUUACCGAGAAGACAAAUGGACACACGGUAGGAUAGCUACAAGACCUGGACCACUGAUGUGCACAGCGGAUGUUGGAGAUCAGACAUGUAGACAAAUACAGCCUGCUCAACUGAGAAACACACCUGAGUCGACUGCAUCCAAAGAGAUGGACACAUUACAGCCACCGAACUUACUUUUCAGUGAUGAUCAUGUCAUCAUGACAUGAUCAUCAUGACACCAAAUACAUUGUCUUAGACAAGAUACCCGCCAAACCCAAUGCCCCUCCAGAGGUGUGAGGAGAAUUUUAUCUACCAAACCUGAUGCUGCUCCACAGGUCCUGAGGUGCUAUCUUGAAAGAAACAGAGCACCGCCCAAAAGACUGAAUCUUUAGAACUGUGAAGUUAGUUAUGGACUUUUAUUAUGAAAGCAUGUUUAUUUGGAAUAUGAGUUUAUGAAAGGGAAAUUGAAUGUUUUGUACAUAUACAGUUUUGUGUUGCAUUAACCUAAAGGGGGAGGAAGUGUAAUGUAUGGAUCUAUUUCUUUUAGACCAAUAACAGCCCCCUUUAGCAUUACAUAUUGAUCUGUUGUCUGUCUACACAUGCAGAUUGUUAUCUUCCUCUCUUGCUGCAGUGUGAAUACACAAUUUAAAGACA